GUUUUGUUGCCUGUUGUGUUGAUCGUCAACCAGGGGGAACUAGAUUAUGCCAGGGAUAACGGUGGUCUACGUAGCCAGUUGGGUUGUUGAUGGUAAAACAACUGAGGCCAUUCCUGACGAAUCAAGUGGGGCGGAGCUGCCUGUACGCGAGCGCAGUACUGUGUUGUUGUCAGUGGCGGUAAGAUGGCGACACUCGGAGACGCACCAGGACCGGGCUUGAAUGGGUUAAUACAACAGUUUACUGCCAUAACGGGGGCCACGGAGAGUGUAGGGAAGCAUAUGCUGGAAGCGUGUAACAAUAACCUAGAGAUGGCCGUGACAAUGUUCCUGGAUGGGGGAGCCCUUGCAGAAGAGCCCAGCACCAGUUCUAGCUCCGCCGGCGCAUCAAGCCAUCCAAGUCACCCCACAGAAGAGGCUGUACGCGCUCCUAUCCCACAAAAGCAAGACAUACUGGUGGAGCCAGAGCCAUUAUUUGGAGUACCAAAGCGACGAAGACCGGCACGAUCCAUUUUUGACGGCUUCCGGGAUUUCCAGACAGAAACCAUCAGGCAGGAGCAGGAGCUGAGGAAUGGCAGUCCCAUGGACAAAAAGCUGAGCACACUGGCUGACCUCUUCCGUCCACCUAUUGAACUGAUGCACAAGGGGAGCUUUGAAACGGCAAAGGACAGUGGGCAGCUCACCAACAAAUGGCUCAUGAUCAACAUUCAGAAUGUGCAGGACUUUGCCUGUCAGUGCCUAAACAGAGACGUGUGGAGCAAUGAUGCCGUCAGGUCCAUCAUCAGAGAGCACUUCAUAUUCUGGCAGGUGUACCACGACAGUGAAGAGGGACAGAGGUAUAUACAGUUUUACAAGCUGAACAAAUUUCCUUACAUCUCCAUAUUGGAUCCCAGAACAGGUCAAAAGAUGGUGGAGUGGAAUCAGUUGGACGUGUCCUCAUUCCUAGACCUGGUGACUGGAUUCCUGACAGAGCACGGGCAGCUGGAUGGACUGUCCUGCCAGCCCCCUGCUGCAAAGAGAGCACGCUCGGAGAGUUUGAUUGAUGCCAGCGAGGACAGUCAGCUUGAGGCUGCCAUUCGAGCCUCCCUCCAGGAGACCCACUAUGAGUCUGCGCAGGACGGGCCAGACUCCCGGUCGGAUGACGAUUCGGAUGCUGAGCCUUUCUCGGACAGCGAGGGCCUGAUUUCCGUGGACGGCUCUGACGAUGAGGGGGGAGCUGGCGAGGACUCGUUGGAUGGCCACCACCAGUCACCUUUGGCUUCCACUGCCCCUGCCACUGCCCCUGCCCCUGCCCCUGCCCCUGCCCCUGCCCCUGCCCCUGCCCCUGCCCCUGCCCCUGCCCCUGCCCCUGCCGCUGCCCUUGCCGCUCCCUUAACAUCUGCGUCACACACAAGAUCGGAAAGCCCCGUACCUCACAGGAAGUCACCCCACAAAGAAUCGAGUCACAGGAAAGAGGAAAGCAAAAAGAACCACCUGGAGCCCAGCACAUCGAACCCUCAGUCAAAGGCUUGCUCUAACCAGACACAGCACAGGGAGAACAACCAUUCCUCGCCAGGACCGCACACACAACCUUCUGAGACCUCAGCCAGUGAACCUGAUGACGAUGGUCCCAAGGCUCGACUAAUGUUACGAUACCCAGAUGGACAAAGGGAACAAAUCGCGCUGUCUGCGAAGGCUAAAUUAAUGUCAUUGGUGAGACACGUCCAAUCCAAGGGUUACCCCAAUGAACGCUUUGAACUUGUCACCAACUUCCCCCGUCGUAAACUUGCCCAUUUGGACUAUGACAUCACCCUGCAGGAAGCAGGACUGUGCCCGCAGGAAACUGUUUUUGUGCAGGAGAGAAAUUAGACCCCUCCUCUGCUGUGGUCUAUCCCCUGGUCCCAUUACUUUUGCCCAUCUGAUGAGAACACACCGAGCUGACCGAACGUUUUUUUAACACACCCAAAUUUGAAAUCCCAAAGACCAGUAUGAACACAAACAUGAAGAAGCUCCUCUUUUGGUGCUGCUCAGCUUCAGUCAUCUAAUAAAUUCAAGCCUGAUUGGAUGUGAUUGGUGUUUCAUAACCCCAGAGGAGCCAAUCGGUGUAGACUAUUCUGAACAUUUCAGAACCUGAAGGGGGGGUGUGGGUGGGGGGGAAGGAAUAUGGCAAAGAUUUAGUUUUGAUCAUGAAGCAAGAGAUGCCGUGGGGUAUUUCGGGGGUACUACUAAACCAACUCUGUACAAAGAUGAUGUAGAGGUUGACAUUUAGUCAUUUUGGUGAGUUUGUCUUUUCAUUAUAUUUCAUUUUUUAUAUUCUGUAUCAUUUCCAAAAACUUGAUUCUCAAAUAUAAUCAUGCAGCAAAGGGA